AUGCAGCCGACGACGAGGCAACCAUUGCAGAGAACGCCUCCGUGGAUAACCGCUCGUGUCAACUACGAAACACGGUCCAGGCGACGACGCUCGCCGUCCUUGGGUCUCGCUCCCCGUCAACGCCAGGACUGGUUCGACGACAACGACGCCGCCAUCAGAAAUCUGCUUGCUGAGAAAAACCGCCUACACAAAGCCUACGUAGGCCACCCCACUGAUGACAACAAAGCUGCUUUCUCCCGCAGACGCCGCCAGCUUCAGCAACGACGGCGCGAGAUGCAGGACGCCUGGACUGCUCGCAAAGCUGAUGAGAUUCAAGGCUACGGGGACCGCAGCGAAUGGAAGAACUUCUUCUCUGCGAUCAAAGCUGUCUACGGUCCGCCGACGAAGGGCACUGCUCCUCUCCUCAGCGCCGACGGCAACACUCUCCUGACUGAAUAG